GAACAAAGCUGUACCAUCCAUUCGCCUAUUCCACAGAAACGGAUCGACUGAAGUUACAAAGUUUUAGAGAACAGUGCGAAAAACAUUACAAUUAUCCAAUUGAGUAUUGAUUUUCGCCUUACUAUAAAGCAGAAAUGUAAUAUUUGUUGUCUGAAGGAGUUUGUACAUAAAGAAAUUUACAUAUUUUGACACGGAAGGUUUGGAAUAUGGUCUUUGAAAAACGUGAAAAUUUGCAGCGGAUAUCGAGAUUAUUCAUUUGGUGCAAAUGGUCGGAGAGUGAGAGAAACGCGAAGAAAAUACGAAUUACACCAAUAACAAAUUUAAAAAAAUUAAAAGUAUGAGGUAAAAAUUAUUUAAAGCGUUUAAAACAUCCCGAUAAGUAAUUAAAGCCGAAAUAAAUACGUAUUUGAAAUUAAAAAUAUAUCGAUCAAGUCUGAACAGUUUUAUCCCGGACAUUUUGUGAGAAAAUAUCAAGCCCCCAACAAUACACUCACAAUUAUAAUUGUUAUUGUAGCCGAUGGUCUAGCGCGAGUCUUUCAAGUUCACAUACAAGCAGAGCCCUUUCAUCAAAUAUUCCAAUAGCAAAUUUUCUGUAGUUUCCGGUAAUAAUUCGGGACAUUUAGGUAUUUUACAAAUAAACGACUAAAACUCCAAAAAUCAAGAUGUCUACCCCAGCAGUUGCUGAGGGUAGGAUUGGUGGUGAUUCUGGUGAUAAUUACAUGAAUUUGUCCAGCAACGUGCGAUCGGCGACAGCUGGUGAUUCUAGUGCACGCACAUCGGCUAUGUCUACUAGUAGCUCCCGGCGUGGGCGAUCAAAUGUUGCCCGAGUAAGCCAAGUAACUGAAGAAAGUGUUGAAAAUGAUGCAGGAGACGCACAAAAUGCUGUAAGCUCCACAUCAGGAGCCAUCGAAAAUACACCAGAUAAUGGGCAUGGCGUACCGGUGCCCGCUGAAGAUAUAAAUUUACAUCGAACAUUGACACCUUUAAUGCGUAUAAAAUUAUCUGAGCUUACGACAAGCAGUAGCGACACUGAAGGAGAGGAGGUCCAUCAGGGUACUGCCGAAGAUGGCGCGGCUGGAAAUGGUGAUAGCCGGCGUGCAGUCUCACCCCCACCUAAUUGUGCAAUUUGUUUGGGUCGUUGUAAGAAUAAAUGUUUCACAGAUUCUUGUAUGCAUCAGUUUUGUUUCAAGUGCCUCUGUGAAUGGAGCAAGGUAAAACCAGAGUGUCCCCUUUGCAAGCAAACCUUCAAAUCUAUCAUACACAAUGUUAAAUCGAUUGACCAAUUCGAGGAGUAUCAUGUGCAGCCGCCCACCGUACAAAUUCCACAUCGUCCAAUGGAGGUCACCAUACGAAGUUUGCCAUAUAUUUUUGAUGCUGUCGUCGUGGAAGGGCAUGACUGGGAGUUACCUCGUCGUAGAAAUUCUGCUCAUCGCAUCCGUCCCGCUAGCAGUGGCAUAUUUUAUCCCUCUGAAGCCUCAGCCAAUGGAGAGCAUGGUAGCAGUUCGAAUGGAGCCAGCAUGUAUAAUCACCUUGUUUACCGUAAUGAACUUCUGGAUAUGUAUCGCCAGGAAGCACCAGAUGCCAUAGCAACCAGUGGCACAUUGAGUCAACUAUGGCGCCGUUUUAUAUACGAUAGACGUCUCUUUGCAUUACCAGUUUGUGAUAUAACCGGACGAUUCCGAGAAAGUACAGCCAGGUUCUACAGGGAUAAUCCUGCACAAGUACAUCGGCUAAUGCCAUGGAUUAAUCGUGACAUUGUGUGUUUGCUGCGCAAUACUGAACAUGAUGUUUCAUCGUUACUAGAACGCAUCAAUGAAAGCCUUCUGCAGACCAACAUUCUAUCGCCUGCAUUCCGUCGACGUCUACAACCUUAUCUCGGUACAAAAACUUCACACUUCAUUCAUGAGCUUAACAAUUUUGCACGUUCUCCGUAUGAUAUGAUUGGUUAUGACAGAGCAGUUCACUAUUUGCCACAAGCUCCCGAAGAGAUCGUCAUAGAAUUCUCGUCAUCCGCAUCGUCUGAUGACGAAAAUGCAUCGAAUGAUAAUGAACGUAGUACACGUAGCCGCAAUUCUCGAGUUCGAAAUGAUGGUGAAUUUCGCGUGCUAUCACGGUCGGGCAACUCUUCCGUAUCUGGUUCAGUUGGGGCGUUGCUUUCCUUUACGGUUAGCACUACCUCAGAGGGUACAGAAGCGCCCGGCGUUACAGUGUCCAUAAAUGGCCGCAGUGGACAAUCAGCUGCAAUUAAUUUAAGUACACAUAAUCGCGUAAGUAGCGAUAUCAUAGAUCUAGAUGAUUCUGAGGUACCAUAUGAGGGGGGAACUUCGCGUGCAACAAACGACCCUGGCUCCUCAACAUCGGCAGCAGCACCAACAUCUGCAAACGAAGAAAUGGCAUCUACGAGUGCAGCUGCUAACAGACCUUUACCCACCGUUACAGAAAAUAUUGAACUCACUUCGAGUAGCAGUGAUGAAUGUGAGUUUGUAUUGGAGCGCAAACCACCACAUCUCCGAACUCCCGAACUUGUGAGCCUGAAUUCGGAAAGCGAUUCUGAUGUGGUAUUCGUUGAGGAGUCAAAACCUCGGCGUAAAUCAACUUAUCUGAGUAGCGCUGCUGAAGAUCAGGAAGAGUGUGAGAACUCUAAUAAAAAGUCAACAAAUCAAAAUCCUACAGUAGCAGAAGGAUCUGCGCAAGCUUCUGCCGAUCGCGAGGAACUAUAUAAUAUUGGUGCUAGUACCUCGACAGGCCUCCGUUCAUCUGGUGCCGGACGAGGCAUAAAAGAGAUGUAUGAGCGUUCACGGCGCAGCGUAUCAACUCGCCGCAAACGUAAUUUGCGAAGCAACAGGGCUAACGAUGAAGCGCAGGCGAAAACAUCGACCACUGUCCAUAGGGGCAAAAGAAUAUAUGAAAGUAGCUGUACGUCGUCUUAUUCAUCGUCAUGUACUAGUGACAGUGACGAUGAGGAUUUCAGCGUUCAAAGGCAACGUUCGAAAUCACGGCGAACCUCUAAAAGGGCGAAACCCACCAGAUCUAGAAGGAAAGUGGCAACACAACAAAACAACCGCAGGGGAAAUAGCCGUGGCCGCAACAGCACAAGUAGUCGUAAACGACAAGUUAGCUCGAGCACCAAUAAACAACAAAGCGAAGAUGCGAAACGCUUUAAAGUUGAGGCCAGGAGCUCAGACUCUGAAUAUUCGAGUGACGAUAGCCAAAGUUUAAUUCAACUCCAGCGCCGUUUGCAAGCGCUCAAAGAUAGGGAAAAACAAGGCGCUACAUUGGAAAAUAUUGAUAAAACCCUUUCCUACUUAAUCGAGUGCGACAGGGACAAUGAAUCAUCAAUUUCCACUGCAAAUGCCAAUAACAGCACCGAUCAAAUGCCAACUGGUUCACAGCAGCUGGAGAACGUUAUGCAGCCGGAUGAAUUUCAGGAUUUGAAGCCGAUGACGAAACAAGAAAAUUUCGAUAGUGAAUCCCAAAAUGAGAAUAGUGUACCAUCGGAUUGUGGACGGCAACGAUUGUUCGAGGCAGCGGAGGAAAGUUUAGAUGUUGCACAAAAUGUAUGUCCCACAUCCACAAACGAAUGCGAAGUAGCGGCUGCUAAUAUUGCAAUAGAAGAAGAAAACACAUUUUCUUCUACGGUAACGCAAACAACGACUGCCACCACAGUUACCACAACACCGGCAAAUAAUCGCUCGAUUUCGCGUGCUUCGGCAACAACCAACAAUACUAAUGACAAUGACAACGACAAUGGAAAUGAAAAUUGUAAUGAUAACGAUAAUUACAACACCUCUGAAACUUCAUCAACGUCCUCAUCUUCUACAGACACUUCGGUAUCGUCGCCUUCAUUAUUUUCAGCCUCUAGUGGCGGCGAAGAGGAAGACGGCGACGAUAAUGAUAGAAAUAAUGAUGAUAAUGACGAGGAUGGCAACUCCUUGGGACUACAGCAGUUGUUGGAUUCCGCAUCUCUGGGUGAUGCUUGGCUUGUGCACCAGCUUGGUAAUUCAGGGGCGGACAACGAGAUGGAGGUAUCCACGGCACAGCAUGCAAAUGACGAUGAAAACGGGAGUAAUGAUAGAUCAGACUUAUCACCGCAACAUGUAGAAGAAGAAGCACUUUCAUUGCCAGAUAUUGAAAAUGAUGUUGGUGGCAUUUUUUUGAACCAGCACGAUUCGAGCCUCGUUUUGCCAUUCAACUAUGAUGCCGAAGGGAGUCAAAGCGAUAAUGAGUGACAAAUAGAUGAAUUGUAAUGUUUACUAGAUUUUGAAUCUUUCCAAGGUCAAGAGGAAUAAUUAAAAUCCUUUGUUAAAUGAUUCGGUCUAAUCGCAGGAAUUCGAUUUGGUAUUUUUCUACAAGUACUACCCACAUAACUGUCGCAAGAAAUUCCAAAAUUACUGAGCAGAUUGUAUGUACGAUAUUUGAGACAAAAUAACUCCCUUGUAACACACACAAUGCGACUGUAGAUCAUAAAUUAUAGUUUUAAUGUUUUACUCUUAAGGAAGCAUAUUUUACAUAAAUAGUUUUUUGUUACGGUAUUUUUCUCCACUAAAACUGUUGGACUAUCAUGAUCUAAAAUAGUUGUAGUGGGGGAAAAAUUGGCUCGAUCUGUAAAAAUUUAUUACUUACCAGUGCUGUAUAAUUAAUUUUUAACUUACGUUGCUAAAAUGAGCAUAAUAUAAUAUAGGAAGAUGCCAAAAAGUUGGUUUUUUUAACGAAAAUCCAUGCGUUAUUAAGACACUAAACGCAAACCAACAGAGUGUCACCCACAUCGAGCGCAACUAGAGCAGAGUUCAUGCGAAUGUUAUACAAAGAGCAGAAUCUCAAAAUGCAGAAAUUUUAUAUGCCGGAUGCAUCGAGCUCAUGUGCGGUGUACGGGUAUGAGCAAGCGUGUUAGCAAGGAAUUAAAAAAAAAAAAAAUAUACUCUAAUUCUUAAGUUUAUUUGUCGUUAAUUAUAGAUGCGAGCGUAAUACUGAAUAAAAACUAAAUACAAAUGAUUCUACACUACGUAUGUUCAUCAAGUGUAAACAAUUGCGACGGCAAUACGUUGGUUAUUAUUUUAAGCGAAUUGGGACUAUACAUUUUGCUUAAUAUCUAAUGGUGUAGGAUCUUGCAUCUAAUAAUCUAUUUAGGGCAACUAAGUUAAUACCUGUCAGAUUGGGUUUUAUGCACUGUUAGAAUUAAAAUAGUUAUUUUUAAGUGAUUAUGGCUAUGUUCUGCUAAGCUUUCUCUGGGCAACAUCUUUCACGGGAAGUGAACAUUAUUGUAAGUCAUUCCAGCUACUCGUUUUUUUCCGAAAAAAAGAUUAUUAAUUAAAUGAAUUGCAACACAAAUACAUUAGUUGACUGGUCACCACGCCUCCAUGGCCAAGCUAUUAAAACACUAUUACAAAAUCAAACAAUUACAUUGGGAUCUUGAACCAUACAAACAAGUACAUAUGUUAAAUAAACUCUAAACAAAAACACUUAGAUUCUAAGUUGCAAGAAAUCGGAAUGUAAGAAGUUGUACAAAACCAAUGCACACAAAAUAUUCUGCAUACAAACAUACAUAUAUACACUUAGUUGUAAGGCACGUUAAAACACAAAGAAAACUACACUACAGUGAGACUCCAGACAUUUAAGUUUAGCAUAUAAUUUUACUUCAGUGGAAUAAUUAUUAGAUUUUUUAUUAAGAGUUGCUUAAAUGUAUUAUAUGUCGAUAAAUGACUAUAAUACUAAUAUAAACAUAUACAUACUAUGAAGGGUUAUAACGUAAAUUAUACACAAAAACCAAGUAUUUCCAUCAACAAAAAAAGUAAGACUCCUAAGAGAAACUUUCAUCUGUAUAUUCGAUUCGUAUGCGUUAAUAAAUGUAAGAAAAUAUCACAAAUAAUUGUAAAUUUUUUUCGUGGUUGUAGCGGCUUAGCACUUCAAAGAUCAGUUGAGAUCCUUAGCAGUCGCCUAGCUCAAAUAAUGGUCGGUCCAAAAACACACAGUUGCGAAGGGUUUACAUCAAAGAGCAAGGGCGGUUAGCGGAGUAGAUUUAAGUGGGCGGGUGAAAAAGUGGUUGGUAUCGUAUGGGGUUCCUUCACAAAUAUUUGGAACGAUUCUGGAAAGGUGCAGGUCGUAACUAUGACAGCGUGAUUCAGGCUGAAGAAGGUGUUGAAAACCUUUCGGGAAAUGAUCUUAAAAAUCUGUCGAUACACUUUUGGGUUCAAAGGUCGAAAUGCCUUCUGACGGAAGCAACCAAGUAGAAAUCGCUAGCAUGCACAGCGAUUGCUUCUGGUGACUAAAUGGUUGACAUCAGAAGGGGUAUUCACUAUCCGGUGCAUACUGUUUAGCAUGGUGC